UCGGAAACUACUACUUUAGAACAAUCAACUACACCAGAACCAACCACCACUGAAACUACAAGUCUGGAACCAACCACUACAGAAACUACUACUUUAGAACAGUCAACCACACUGGAAACAACCACAGCUGAAACGACA